AUGCGACCUCCACGUCUUCUUGUUGUUCUUUUCUGUCUUAUCUUCUUCCCUAUCUUCCUCACUUUCUUUUCCGCCCUCUCUUCAUCGCAUGUUGCAACUCCCAAUACGCUCGCUGGUCGAUCGUCCGGGCUGCAUGCUCUUUUCUCCUUCAAUAUCCCCUCAUCACUUUUCCCUCCUUCCGCUAUAAUCAGUCUCACCGAUGACAACUCAACUUUCUUCUUGGCCCGCCCUGCAGCUUUCGGUCCGCUCUUGCCGGGCAAGGGUUUAAGCGGCCAGCUCUGGGUGGGUAGCGGAUUUGGCGAAGGAGGACUUACCGCAGGGGUGGAAGGGGAACUAGGAUGUUCCGAUAUCCCAGGCUGGGGCGAGGGUGCGGGUCACAAACCACAGGAUGCGGCUUCUAGGGGCACGGAGCAGAAGUCCGGCAAGUCCGGAAGUAGCACAUUGAACGAGGGAGUUGUGACACAGAACCGCCCUCGAUUACCAUCGCAGGCCGAUGCCGCUCGGCAGAAUGAUCGAAGCGACGCCCCAGUGGGACCUUCAUCGAAUGACGGUACUGACGAUCAUUUACAUCAUCCGCUCCCCGAGUCCAGUGCUGCCGAUAAUGGUACGCCUCAGAAAUAUGGCGACUACGUUCAAGUCAAACAGUCCACGCAUGCCGAUAUCCAGUCGCUUCAAGAAACGGCUGAAAUCCAGGGCAAGGUUGUCUUACUGAGUCGUGGUGGUUGUGGGUUCCUUGAGAAGGUGAAAUGGGCUCAGCGCCGAGGAGCCAUGGCGUUGAUUGUUGGCGAUGAUACUCGUGGCGGGAACUUAGUCACCAUGUACGCCCGGGGUGAUACUUCGAAUGUUACAAUCCCCGCACUCUUCACAUCUCAUACAACAGCCCAUCUUCUUUCUUCUUUGAUGCCGUCGCACUCUGGCACAAGGACUGGCUUCGGUGAUGCUUCGAAUCCACUGCAAGCGAAACUUGCUGGCCAGGCAGAUGUGGACGCGCCAAAAGCCACAACGACCGCAGGCGCAACUCCUGCAUCCACACCAAUAUCUCCCAGUUCUUCUGCAGUAAUGGAGCGACCUCUUCCUGCUUUGCAGCACAGUGGCGGAUUCCUCCGCGCCCUUGGAUCUUUCUUCGGCCUAUGCAAUAGACACGGAGGCUCGGGGCACCCAGAAGAUAGCCGACGCCCGCCCAGCAGCGGUAACAUUGACUGGAUGACUUUGGGCUCUUGGGACACUGGCAAGUCCCGACCUGAUAACUCAAAGAGCUCCGGAGACUACAAUCAGCGCAUGCGAGGCAAAAUCGACCCCGGUAUGGACAGCAAAUAUGGCUUAUCAUCCGACAAUAACGAUGGCGACGGAUUUGUCAUUGGUGUUCAAGAUUGGAGAGAUCCCGAUUUAAUGCCGGCACGGAGUAGCGCACCCCCAACGCCGAGCACUACUGCAACCGGAAAAGACAGUGCUAAGACUGCUGCUCCAGACAUGGACGCAGCUUCCACUUCUAAUAUAUUGCGUGGCGGCAGCAUCACUCCUGGUAGCGGUGAAUACCUUAGCAUCGACAAGUCUACCGGCAAUAUUCGCGAUGCCGAUGUCAAAGAAUCCGUGAAGAAUCUCAAAACCGCACACGGCACAUCGGAAACCGCUGGAAAUGGCUGGUUCUCAAGCCAUUUUGGGUGGGGUGAUAGCACUAAGCAAGAAGCAGAACGGUCGUCUUCCCUUUCGCCUCAAAAAGUGUCAAAUCAAAAAUCGAGUGCGGCUCAUUCAUCGAGUCCUCCCUCUGCUCUGUUUUCCGAGCACGAAGGCCUUUGGGUUACCAUGACCCCCACAAGCAUGUCGACGAGUCCAUUCUUUGAUACGCUUUUGGUCCUUGUUAUCAGCCCGCUCCUGACGCUCACGGUGGUCUAUGCACUUCUAAUCCUCAGAUCUCGGAUUCGCCGCCGCCGUUGGCGUGCACCUAAAUCUGUCAUUGAGCGCCUUCCUGUCCGCACAUACCACACGAUCUCGCACACCUCCUCGUCGUCUAGCUCACCACGGCCUUCUAGCCCUGGAGCCGUCUCGCCUACUUCACCGCUCCUUGGUGAAAGCCGACCCAGUACUUCUCGUCCUACUCGGUUGCGGUCUCAGACGAUUUCGGGAGUUCAACUUAGCUCCGCACCUAGAGAAGAAAAAUCAACAACAUUGCAUUCAGGGUCGACUUUGUGGCGUCAAAAGUAUACUGGCAGACAGGUGGAGUGUGUUGUCUGUCUCGAGGAAUAUGUCGAUGGUCAAAGCCGAGUUAUGAGUUUACCAUGUGGCCAUGAGUUCCACGCGGAGUGUAUCACCCCAUGGCUUACUACUCGCCGAAGAACCUGCCCUAUCUGUAAGGGUGAUGUGGUCCGUUCGAUGGCACAUUCUCAGGCUGCCGAUAUUCCCAACCGACACGAGCACUCCAGCGGCAGCGGCCACGCCCAAGAGCUGGACCCACAAUCUGAAGCCUCGUCUGCGCCUGUGCUUAUACCCGUACAUGACGACGAUACAUCAGACACUGAACAGACCGUCGGGCUUCUUGAUGGCCACCCCAGUUCUGCACCCCAAUCAAGUUGGAGAAACCUUGCUUCGCUUAGCUUCUCUGCCCUCAGUGGCGACACUAUCUGGCACCAGGCUCGUGCAGAUCGAAAUCGCUGA